AUGGCCCAACCACACUACGACGAUAUCACCACAGGGGAGGAGAUCAAGAUGCAGCCGACAACUCGCCACGACACCGCCACGAGCGAGAAGCCGGACUUCGAGAAGGACGCUGAGACGGCGCGGGCUCACAAGGACGGCCAGCAUGUCCACGUUGACGAGGCCAUUGCGGGACGCAUUGCGGCGAACGUGGACGAUUUUAUGUCGCUCGUGAGCGAGGCCAAUGCGGCGAACGAGAAGGAGCGCCACAUGAAGCUGUCCCAUGCCUUCAAGGUUUACCCCAAGGCCAUCGGCUGGUCGAUGCUCCUGUCUUCGUGUCUGAUCAUGGAGGGUUACGGCACGGCGGUCGUCGGAUCAUAUACCGCAUAUCCCGCAUUCCGUGACAAGUUCGGAACGAAAGCUCCAAACGGCGUCUACGCCAUCCCCGCAAGCUGGCAAAACGGCAUCUCUGGGGCCACCAACGUCGGCGAGAUCAUCGGCCUUCAGAUCGCCGGCAUAGUCUCCGAGCGCUGGGGCUACCGCUGGACCAUCCUGACGGCCCUGAUAGGCGUCACGGGCUUCAUCUUCUUCCCCUUUUACGCCGAGACCCUCACCGUCUUCCUCGUGGGCGAGCUGUUCCAGGGCAUGGCCUGGGGCGUCUUCCAGACCAUGACCACCGUCUACGCCGCGGAAGUCUGCCCAGUGCCCCUGCGUCACUACCUGACUGCCUACGUUAAUCUGUGCUGGAUCAUUGGGCAGUUCAUAUCGUCAGGCGUGCUUGUGGGAUUGGAGUCUAGAACGGACGACUGGGGAUACAAAAUCCCCUUUGCCCUCCAGUGGAUCUGGCCCAUCCCCAUCGCCAUUGGCACGUACCUGGCGCCGGAGUCGCCUUGGUGGUGUGUUCGGAAGGGCCAGAAGGCUAGAGCUGAGGAGUCACUUAAGAGGCUUGCGCGGAGCUCUGGGUUCUCGCAACGCGAUGCCGAUGCGGCUAUGGCUUUAAUGGUCUAUACCGACGAGAUGGAGAAGCAAGUAGCCGCGGGCACGACUUACUGGGACUGCUUCAAAGGCGUCGACCUGCGACGCACCGAGAUCGUCUGCAUGACCUGGAUCGCGCAGACCAUGUCCGGUACGGCGCUGGGCGGGCUGUCGGCGCUCUUCUACCAGCAAGCGGGCAUCUCGGACGCCGACUCGUUCAAGCUGAACUGGGGCAAGGAUGCCUUGGGUGCCGUCGGUACCAUCACCAGCUGGUUCGUGCUGAACAGGGUCGGCCGCAAGACGCUGAUGUUUAGCGGCAUGUGUGUGAUAUUUGUGCUGCUGCUCAUCAUCGGCUUCAUGGGCAUCCACACGCACCCCAGCGCCGCUGAGGCAUGGGCCGCAGGCACGAUGGUGCUGCUCCUGAGCGCCACAGCCAACUUCUCCAUCGGCCCCGUGGUCUACACCAUCGUGUCCGAGGUGCCGUCGACGCGGCUGCGCGCCAAGUCGAUCAUACUGGCGCGCAACGGCUACAACGCCAUCAACAUCGCCUUCGUCAACGUCGUCUCGUACCGCCAGGUCAGUCCCGGCGAGUGGAACUGGGGCCUCAAGUCGGGCUUCUUCUGGGCGGGGGUCAAUGCGGUGUUUACGACUUAUGUAUUCUUCCGGAUGCCCGAGACAAGGGGCCGCACGUACGCCGAGCUCGACAUCCUGUUCGAGAACAAGGUGCCGCCGCGCAAGUUCGCAUCGACCAAGAUCGAGACACUGCUCGAGGGCACCGAGGGCGCGCAGAAGCGACAGGCGGACCGCAUCGCCAACGCCACAGGCGCAGAGGGCCAGACAGGGGAUGCGGCUAUCAAUAACGCUGGGCGACGCCGGUCUGGAUCGUGA